AUGAGCCUUGACCAAAAAGCUGUUGUGAUUAAUGCUACUUCUAGUGGUGAAGGUGUUGAUAACUUGGGCAUGGCUCUAGUUGAAAAUAGAGACGACUAUGUUUAUACCUUAGUCUUAACCAUUUUGAAACAUUUUAAUGGUAGAUGUACCAACCAGUAUGAGACUGUUCGUACUCUGUUAAAUGGUCUACGUUGUAGAACCUUGGGAGAAUUCAGAUGGUAUAAAGAUAGUUAUAUGUGUAGGGUGAUGGAAUUACCCGAAAACAAUUAUGAGCAUUGGAAAGCUAAGUUUAUAGAUGGCCUUCCCCCUUUAUUUGCCGAAAGAUUAUCUAGACAGCUUAAGAUGGAUAAGCUUAGAGAAAGAUCUCAGCUGGGAGAUUUUUGUACCCAGUUCGGUUUACCAGAUACUUCUGCUAAUAGUAAGAAGAAGAAACAUAGAGAUUCUAGAGACUCCAAUCCUGACAAACCUUAUAGGAAGAAGAAGUCUAGAUACAGAUCUAAGGAAGAACGCGACGCUAGAAAGGCUUUGCCACCUAACUGCAAGCUUGAAAAGAUGAAAACCUUAGAACUUGAGGAAGAAGUUCAUGAAAAGGUGUAUAGUUUCUUAUACACUUCUGGUUCUGACGAUGAUUAUGCUUCUUAUUCAAGUUUUGAAGAAGAGUUUGAUUUGAUUGAUUUAUCCGAUAGUAAUCAGCAUGUGCCUUUUGGAAUCGAAAAAAAGCAUAUUCUUACUCUUUCAUAUGAAGUUGAUUUCUCUGAGAAUGAUAUUCCUACUAAAUCUUGUCCUUAUCAGAUGAACACCGAGUUGGUAGAAUUCUGCAGAAAGGAAAUUGAUAAUUUUUACAAAAGGAUUUGA